AUGACAAAUACCUCCACCACUGUUACCCAAAUCAAUAAUAAUAAUAAUAAUAUAAAUAUAAACACUAAUAAUAAUAAUAAUAAUAAUAAUAAUAGUAUGGAAAAUAAUAAUAAUAACAACAAUGAUAAUGAUGUACCAGUUGGAUAUGUAAAUCAAGGAUUUGAAAAUUGGAAAAAAAUUAAUCAAAAAUGGAGAGAUGCUAUUUCAUCUAAUCCAAAUUGUGCAGUAAAUAAAUAUAAAUCAGUAGAUGCUGUUACAAUUACUGAAGAAUUUUUAAAUAGGGGUGGUGUUUUCUCAAAAAGAGUACCUUUACCAGAUUUAGUUGCAAUAUUAGCUGAAGAAUGGGAAAAUGAAGAGAAUUAA